AUGCUCCCUUUUAAAUUUCCAUGUCCUCUUCGACAAGCUCAGUUUAUUUCACCUGCUUACAUGGCGCUCGGCUUUGGAAGAGUAAUGAGAGAACGGGCUGGUCAGCAACAGAGAGCGAGGAGAUAUGAAAUUGCGGCGUAUCGGUCGAUUGGUGUGGAAAGAGCGUUCAGCGAAGAGAAAAUCAAGCCACCAAAAUCGUCUUCAGGCUUGGAUCUGAGUUCAAGCUUGUUAGUCCAACAAAUGCUAUUUAGUCCCAAAGAGAAAAAUAGUAACGAUGCUUCACGAGAAGAUGUCGCUGAAAACAUCGAGAAAAUUAUCGAAGAUGAUCCUAUUUUGUCCAAAGCGAGCCACUAA